AUGGCCCCGGGUCGAAAACGAGUAGGCUUCACAUCCGACUCUACUCCAGAUGACGGCCCAUCUUCCUCGAGGAAUGCACGCAGACAUGCUGAAGAUAGCCCUGUUCCUGCUCCUGAAUCUGGUUCCGGUGGAAACACCACGCCUGUUGCGCUGCAACGUGCUGAUGUAUCUCACGAGGAGUUGUCUGAAGAGAUUCACAAAGCAUUCGGGCAGCCAUACGUUCCGAAACCCCGGCCUGCAAUUCGCAAGGGUGGUCGGACCCCUCCGCGCUUCCAACUCGGCGAGCUCGACAUCGAAGAAGACGAGAAUGAAGACAAGAGGAGGUCAGGCCUGGAAGCACAGAAGAGGGCUACUAAAUUGUCCAAGAGCGUGGGAACCUAUUCCUCAUCAGCGCCAGGGUCGAGAAGAAACUCCAAUGAUCGAUUAAUGGGAACCCCGCCCAUCGAAUUACGAAAUUUGAGGCCUGAACUUCCUGGAAGCGUUAGCACAGAUGAAGAUGACGACGACGAGGCUGAAAUACCUAGAAAAGAGUUUAUCAAGCAAGCGGACCAACUUCUCCGACAUCAUACCACUCGCCGGCAGCAUCCUGUUCUCAAACCAGAAGAUUUAUACCACACUCGCAUCCAUACUCCUCUCCAUUCCGGCCCGAACACGCCCACUCAUGAAGUUGAGAUUGAAGCUGAGCAUGUACCAAAACCCCCUAAGUUCAGAACGGGAGUAUUGGGCACGUUGCUGAAGGCAUCCGGUGCAUCACACUCUCACCAGGGACUCGGGAUGCCUAAGGGCCAUGCACGGAACGCAAGCGCUGGCAGUUUUACGCUCAGUGGUGCAUCUACUGCUGCAAAUACUCCGAACCACUCUCCGCCAUCAUCCGGGGCAGUGACGCCGGACCAUCACAAGAGUUCGCGGGCUUGGUAUAGCCGUAGUGCAAACACGUCUACUCAUUCCAUCUCGCAGUUGAUUGAGUCUUCCUCAACACUUGCCACUCCAGGGCAAAGGGAUCUCGGGUAUGAAAUCGGAGAAACUUACAAAAAGCAACGUCCCGGCAUGGGUAAACGUCAUAAAUCGAACAAUUCUAUAAUGUCUUCUAUCAGCAAGUUUAGUAAAACGAGCCGCGAUGAAAAGUAUAGGAUUACAGUUCAUCUUGCAGGCACGCUAGCACGCCAGAACUAUUUGCGGAAACUUUGCAAAGCACUGAUGAUGUUCGGUGCACCGACACACAGAUUGGAAGAAUACAUGAACAUGUCUGCGCGGGUGCUUGAGAUAGAGGCCCAGUUUCUUUACAUGCCCGGCUGCAUGAUUAUUGCUUUCGAUGAUUCUUCAGUCCACACGUCCGAAGUCAAGCUUGUUCGCACUGCUCAGGGUGUUGAUCUCGGCCGGUUGCGCGACGUUCACGAAAUCUACAAGGACGUCGUGCAUGAUCGGAUUAACGUUGAAGAGGCUACCACCCGUCUUGAGGCUAUAAUAGGCCGCGACCCCAAGUUCAAAGCCUGGCUGCGGGUGCCGGUUUAUGGCCUAGCUUCGGCAAUGGUUGGUCCUUUCGCUUUCCAGGCUCGACCUAUCGAUAUGCCAUUUUGUUUCAUGCUUGGAUGCUUCCUGGGAUGGUUGCAACUGAUUGUGACUCCCACAAACGAACUCAUCUCCAAUGUAUUCGAAAUCGGCGCUGCGGUCAUUACGUCUUUCCUUGCGCGAGGCUUGGGAAGUAUUCGAGAUAGCGAGGGCAAGGAAAUCUUUUGCUUCAGUGCCAUGGCCCAGUCAUCGAUCGCAUUGAUCCUACCAGGUUUCACGGUUCUGUGCGCCUCUCUUGAGCUCCAGUCAAAACACAUGGUCGCAGGCUCUGUUCGUAUGGUGUAUGCCAUCAUAUAUUCGCUCUUCCUUGGUUUCGGCAUCACCAUUGGAACAGUAUUGUUUGGACUCAUGUACAACGACGCGACUUCCAGGACCGAAUGUGUCAACCCUAUGAAUCCUCGGUGGUAUUACCUUUUUGUGGUUGGAUUCACCAUCUGUCUCACGGUUAUCAACCAAGCAAAGUACAAGCAGAUGCCAGCAAUGCUUUGCAUUGCUCUCAUUGGGUAUGCCGUCAACUACAACUCGUCCCAAUACUUCAAGGGCAAUGCUCAGGUCAGCAAUACUCUUGGUGCUUUGUCCAUUGGGGUUGUUGCCAACAUUCACGCUCGUUUCGGUCGCCACGUAGAGAACUGGAGCCUGGAUUUCUGGGAGAGCAAACUUCGACCGCGCUGGGUCAAGAUUCGCAAGUCCUGGCAACGCCGCCGUCACGGACCCAUGCCACAGGUCCACGUCUACAACCCAACCGGGCAGGAGGACUACUUCUCUUCACGUGGGCCGAUAGCCUCGAAUACUUCUGAUGCAUACAUUCCGCGUACCCGAAAAAUUGGCUAUGGCCUUGCAGCCGCAGCUAUGCUUCCCGCCAUCUUCGUGCAGGUGCCCUCCGGACUCAGUGUAUCUGGCAGUUUAGUCAGUGGCAUCAUGUCCGCUGAUCAAAUCACACGCAACACCACUGGUGUUACCACGGUGACGGCGAGCGAGUCCGGUUCAUCCGAUGUAAAUCGUGUUGCGCUCAAUGUCGGUUUCAGCGUCAUCCAGGUCGCUAUUGGCAUUACUGUUGGUCUAUUCCUGGCCGCUCUUCUCGUCUAUCCCCUCGGAAAGAGAAGAAGCGGCUUAUUCAGUUUCUAA